UUCCGUCGGGAUGUUGGAGGAAUCGUGACUUUGGUGCUGAAUAUUUUUUCUACUCAUUUGGAAAGACAAGCGACGCCUUUUAAAUUGUUUUAGAAAACCCCGCUUUCCUUUGUUCCUACAGAGGCACACGGAGUGGACGGAAGCUGCUUGAUGUGACCUUGGCAGCCGUCCACCAUGAGUAACAGCCACCCUCUGCGUCCACUGGCCUCCGUGUCUGAGAUCGACCACAUCCACCUGCUGUCGGAGCAGCUGGGAGCCCUGGUGCCCGGCGAGGAGUACAGCGAUGUCACCUUCAUCGUGGAGGGGAAACGCUUCCCAGCGCACCGGGUCAUCCUGGCAGCUCGCUGUCACUACUUCAGGGCCCUUUUGUACGGCGGGAUGAAAGAGUCUCAGCCCCAGGCGGAGGUCUCUCUAGAGGAGACGCGGGCUGAAGCUUUCUCCAUGCUGCUACACUAUCUGUACACGGGACGGGCCAGUCUCAGCUCAGCCCGGGAAGAGGUGCUACUGGACUUCCUGGGCUUGGCUCACCGAUAUGGCCUCCAACCGCUGGAAGACUCCACCUCCGAGUUCCUGCGCACCAUCCUGCACACCAACAACGUCUGCCUGGUUUUCGACGUGGCCAGUCUCUACUCCCUGAGCACGCUCAGUGCAGCCUGCUGUGCCUACAUGGAUAGACACGCACCUGAAGUGUUGAAUUCUGACGGCUUCCUCAUGCUGUCCAAGCCUGCUCUGCUGACCGUGGUCAGACGGGACUCGUUCGCUGCCACUGAGAAGGAGAUCUUUCAGGCUUUGUGCCGCUGGUGCCGGCAGCACGGGGAAGGAGCAGAAACCAAGGAGGUGAUGGCGGCCGUGCGGCUGCCGCUCAUGACGCUGACGGAGAUGCUGAACACCGUGCGACCGUCGGGCCUUCUGAGCCCCGACGACCUGCUGGACGCCAUCAAGAUGCGCUCCGAGAGCAGAAACAUGGACCUCAACUACCGGGGAAUGCUCAUCCCGGAGGAGAACAUUGCCACCAUGAAACACGGAGCUCAGGUGGUGAAAGGAGAGCUGAAGUCGGCGCUGCUGGACGGAGACACCCAGAACUACGACCUGGACCACGGCUUCUCCAGACACCCCAUCGAGGAGGAUGGCCGGGCGGGGAUCCAGGUCAAACUGGGCCAGUCGUCCAUUAUCAACCACAUCCGCCUCCUGCUGUGGGACAGAGACAGCCGGUCGUACUCGUACUACAUCGAGGUGUCCAUGGACGAGCUGGACUGGGUGCGGGUCGUGGACCACUCCAAGUACCUCUGUCGCUCCUGGCAGAAUCUGUACUUCACACCGCGAGUUUGCAGGUACGUUCGCAUCGUGGGAACUCACAACACGGUUAACAAGGUCUUCCACCUCGUCGCCUUCGAAUGCAUGUUCACCCACCGCUCGUACACGCUGGAGAACGGCCUUCUGGUGCCUAACGAGAACAUGGCGACCAUCGCGUCGUGUGCCAGCGUGAUCGAGGGAGUCAGCCGGAGCAGGAACGCCUUGCUCAAUGGAGACACACGCAACUACGACUGGGACUCGGGCUACACCUGCCAUCAGCUGGGCUCCGGAGCCAUCGUCAUCCAGCUGGCUCAGCCCUACUCCAUCGGAUCCUUGAGGUUGCUGCUGUGGGACUGUGACGAGCGCUCCUACAGUUACUACAUCGAAGUCUCCAGCAAUCAGCAGCAGUGGACGAAGGUGAUCGACCGCACCAGGGUGGCGUGUCGAUCUUGGCAGACCUUGAAGUUUGACAAGCAGCCAGCCUCCUUCAUACGGAUCGUGGGGACUCAUAACACCGCUAAUGAGGUGUUCCACUGCGUUCACUUUGAGUGUCCGGCCCAGCUGGACACCGAGGUGAACGAAGGCAGUCCUGGUCUGGACUCCUCCGACUCAGCGGCCGCCACCCAGCAGCCUCGACCUCAGCGACCGUCACGCACACACAGCCUGCUGCCCUCCCAGCCUUCUCCACCUUCAUCAUCAUCCUCAUAGUCACAUCAUUCAACCUCCCUCCUCCUCAUCCUCCUCAUCCUCCUCCUCGUCUUCCUCCACCCCCUUACCCUCCUCCCCCUCUUUGUUGAAAGGUGUAGAGAGAGAUGAAGGGAGACCUCAGAAUGCCAUUUUGCACAGCCUUCAUUACCCAGACUGCACUGCUACAACGCUGCUAACGGCGAUCGUCUCAUUGUCAUAGAAACCACGGUCCUUCUGUCAUAAGUGCAACAUUAGAGACUGGUUUAACUGUAACAGCAUCGUUUAAAAAGCUCCAGUCUUCCCAGUUUUUGAAGCUGAAUGUUAGGUAAUAACAUCCACUGGCUCAUACAUUUUUUUGUGAAGGUACUUUUUUAGCUACUAAGACUCAAGUUUUAUCCCUUUUUUUGAAGCCCAAAUCAUCAAAGCGGGAAUCUUUACUUCUCCAAAGAUGAGGCACACACACUGAAAUCUGGUUAUACUGUACCACCAAAGAGCAGUAAGACCAGUGGUGGGGGGAUUGGGUGGGUGGGGGGGGUUCCUAUCUGAAUUUUACCCGUUGAUAUUUCCAAAAAAAACAGGUAGAUUUUAUCCUUGAACAAACUAUUUUUUUAAACAGAACUCUGCCUUUACAAAAAAAAAGUCUCUACUCACUUUUCAUACCAUCGAGCAGAGCAGAGGAGCAAAGUGGAGUAUUUUUCAAAAGUUUGGAAAAUUUAAAUUCUUCUUCUUCUUCCUUCAAUAUAAAAAACUAAAAGGUUUUGCCAAAGCCACAGAGCUAAAUGCAUCCUGUGACAUUUAUAUGCAAAUAGCACUUAAUCCAAUUAUCGCAUUUGCAUAUAUUAAGUUAAUAGCCGUCGAUUAUUUGUCGACAGGCGUUCACACCUGAAACCAAAAAAACCUGCAAAACCUGUGAUCCUCAUCUGGUGUGACUUCUUUUUCUUUUUUUCUUUUCUUUUUUUUUUUUGAUAGUGGAAAUUCAUACCUCAAGAAAAAAAAACUUUGCUAAAACUGAACUUAGAUUGAUUUAAUUUAAGUAUUUGAAGCACUUGAAUAGCGUAGCACAAAUGAAUGAC